GACCUGCCAAAGAUCUGGCAUUGAGAUUCAAUAGCUGCAGGACUACGAGUACGCUUGGAUGAGCUUGAGUUUUGCCUUUGUCCUGCAUGGCCUCGCGCAGGGGCGCGCAGCUGCAUUACGACGUCAAUUCAUCUGCGAAGCAAAGAAGUUUUUCCUUGUGCUUACUUAUCUGAACUCAAAGGCAAUAGGGUCUAGACGAAAGCGAAGUUCCUGAUGCAGGGUUGUCUUCGCGUUACCACGACGAGAUCGCACUGCAUGCCUCCAGGAUAGUGCAGCUAGCGCUCGAGGGCAGCGCCAGCCUGCUCUCCUUUCGAGGCCUAUACCAAUUCCCCAUCAAGUCAUGUCAGCCCCACCAGCACCAUCACCGGCGAGCAUCGCCGCCCAAUUCGUCCCGCCCUCGACCAGAAGGUUCUCCGCUUUGAUUCCCAGUUCUGCAGCUGGAGGGCAGUUUGAAAAUAGUACUCGAGGCGCCGAUCGUCAUGGCACCUCCACCACCAGUCCGAGCGUGCGGGCCGUGCAGCUGCUCAGCAGUCCAGGGCGCAAGGAAGCCAGCGGCUUUGGUGGUUUCUUCCGCAAAAGCAAGAAAUCGACCAAAAAUGAACUUCCAGGACUGUCCCGCAUCGAUUCAGCGGGGGGAAGUGGUGCAAGUGCAAACAGCGAUAUUAACGGAUCGAGCGAUAAAUCUUUAGCCAUCAAGAAAUACAGCAGCUCUUUCGGGAAGGUGCUGAGUGAGAUAUCUAGGCGCGGUCGAAAUGUGUCCAUUGUGGGUCGGCGUACCACGCUGGGAAAACUACUGGCCCGAGCAAAAUCUUUGGGCCGCCGGCCCAAGCGGAAAACGCUGAGCCAGCGGUUGCAGGACGUAAAAGACUACCUGGACGAAUUUCCGGUGAUCACCUUUUACAGCAACGAGAACAAAAUGAUCGAUCGGGUCUUGAUCUUCACGGUUCUCCUGCUCGCGAUCCGCGUGCCCCUCGCGCUCGGCUUCGGCCCGGCGCUGCCCUCCCUGGUCCACCUGUUUGGCAACGGGGCGCGGAACAGCGGGGUGGUGGCAGGGGAGGAGCUCGGCGACUACAGCACUUUUUUCGAGGUCUUUGUGUGCGACUUGGUGUACCUCCUGUACAUGCCGCUGCGGUUUUUCAUUUCCGUUGGUGAUUUGACUAGUGGUAAGGAGAUCGACCGCAAAACACACAUCCUCGAGUACCAGUUUUUAAACCCGCUGUUUUACCUGGACUUGCUGUCCCUCUUUCCGGUGGUAGUCAACUUCACCACGCCGCCCGAGGACCCCUCGCAGAGCGUGGUCUACUACCUCUUGGUGCUGAAGCUCCUCCGCUUCCACCGGUUGAUCAUAUUACCGCAGUCGCAUUUUGAACUCCGCUACAACCAGGGUGUCCAGUUGGUCCGCAUGCUGAUGUGGAUGGUUCUCCUCUUCCACAUCCUGGGCUGCUACUGGUUCUACAUCCUCUUUUUCCGCGACAAAGUCGGCGUCUUGAUUUUGGACGAAACGGCGGAGUCGACUGCUGCUGGGACCACUUCUUCUGCUGGCGCGACGUCGCUGCUCCACCGCGACCUCUUCCGGAUGUACGUGUACUGCUUUCGCGAUGCGAUUUACCUCAUGAACGGCGAAUCCCGGGACCAGAAUCUGUACGAAAACAACAACGAGCUGGUGUUUAUGGGCAUCGUGGGAAUGUGUGGCGGGCCGUUUUUCGCCGUGGUGUACGCGCACAUGACCAUUUUCCUGGAGCGCAUCGGCUCGCUGGCGAACAAACACACGGAACAAAUGUCGCUGAUCCGCGCGGCCAUGAAGUCCCUGUCGGUCCCGAAAGACCUGGAGCAACGGAUCACGAAGUACCACACUUUCUUGGCCAUCCACCACAACUUGCACGCCUACAACACGUUGAUGCAGGGGCUGUCCGUCUCCUUAUUUGUGGAACUCAAGGCGUUUCUGUUCCGAAAACUGUUCGAAAACGCGCCCUUCUUCCGCCACGCCCCGCUGGAGUUUGUGCACACGCUGAUCCUGGUGCUAGUGGAAGUGACAUUUUCGCCCGGAGAUUUGAUUGUGCGACAGGGCGACAUCGGCGAGGAGAUGUACUUUAUCAUUCGCGGGACGUGCGAUGUGUUGAAUGCGGAAUGGGAUACGGUACUAUAAUUUAGAGGAAAUGGUUUUGGUGAAUGAUCAACGUGCUCGAGCAUAGAAUUUCAAUUUCCUGCUUCGUCUAUCGCGGUAGAGAGGUGGACAUCAGCUAUGUCAAUUACGAAACCCCGCUAGUUAUACUUCAGCCCAACUACCCCCGCUAGUUGUACUUCGGCCCAACAAAUACAGGUCCGCAACCUCCGCGAGAACGAGUAUUUCGGCGAGAUUGCGCUUCUGGCCCAAACCCCCCGGCUGUGCUCGGUUCGCGCGUCCACGUAUUGUCUGCUCGCGGAGAUCACAAGGGAAAAGUUUCUGCCGAUUUUGGAACAAUUUCCGGAGCAACGGGAGGCGAUAAUCGAAAAUCUACGAAGGUACAUCAUCGUCGGCAACAAUAACAAAGAAGAGCAUGAACAUGAUGUGCGGGAGGACGACGAGGCGGGGGAGAAGGACGAUGGUCUUCAAAUGAACGAUCACCAAAGUUGUACACUACCGGCGCCGCUGGCUGAACAGGCUUCUUUCCGACCAUCCGCCGCGCAAGCAGCAAACAGUCGCGUCACUGUAUGCACGGAAGAUGAAGAAAAGCGUGUGCUCCUUACAACUUACGUCUCAGCUCGUAACUUUGUAUUUGUUCUUCCGCCCCCGCGCAGGGAUGCGUAAUUCCUCUUGAAGCGAUCAUGCUCAUACUUGGUGAUGUCUACAUAACAUGCCUUCGCUUGUUGUUCUGCACUUUUUUGCAUCCGGAAUUUUUUUGCAUCCUGCUCAAAGCUGCAACUCUGUGCCUGUGCGCUGCAAUACUGGAAGAAAGAGCUGCGCAGCACAUUUUUCUACUCCGGGAUACGUUGCCGCUCCUAGCAUGUCCAUGCCCCUGGGCGCUGCGAGCCGAGUGACUAAGAGUUCGACAUCAGGUCCUCCGAUCUACGACCUGGAGCUGGAUCCCCCUGGUGCCGAGGGAAGAAAUAGCAAGCGACCCACUGGUGCUGGCGCGCCGCAAUUCUUUUCCGCCAGAGGGCUAGGAGGUGGAGGCAAGCAGCGCAACAGUCAAAAUGUGCGCUCCAGACGGGAUUUGCUGACCGGCUUAGUGGAUAUCCCAUGUGGAGUCACCUCCUACUUCACUCUCAUUUUUUUGCAAAAAAUGCUCCGCUCAUGCGAAUCGCGAUAGAAGCAUUCACAGCAGGCAUGCCAAAGAAAUUCAGGACCUCUUUUCAAAACAAUAAAUGCAACUACAUAGAAGUUCUUCCUGAAAGUAAUUGCGUCGAGGGUGAAGAUUUUCGCUAGCACAUUGGAGACCGUCGAUGCUCAAGGAAAUCGGAUCGAUCCACGGCAGCAGUUUGUCGACUCAUGUCAUCGCGACAAAAAACACGAGGAUCUGGUAGACUACCAUAGUGCGGAUGACGACUUCGACGAGUUUGAAAAUUCCAACGCGACUCACCACCAACAGCAGGGCCUCUUUUCUCGCUUUAAAAAGAGCAUCUGGAAUCCGUUUCUUGCAAUACCAUCUUCCUCGAAUCCAAACGAGAGCAAAGAUGGGAGCAGUGGUGCUGCGUCAAAGGCUGGUGCUUCAUCUGGGAGUGCUGGGACUACGAUGUUGAAAAGCAACACGGCCAACAGCAAUAAAGGUGGGAUGAACAAUCGUGGUUCCAGACAAGAACCCGCUGCUGGCGCGUCGCCAGAGGUUCGCGCGACCAAAGACGCGAUCGCGCAAAUUCGGGCGAAAUCAGGAGUAGGCCUGGCUGUGCACCACCAACAUCCCCCGAGCCAGAACACCGGCCUGGGGGCGAUGUUUCCAAAGACCGCUUCGGAAGCCGCCCAGGCCGUGCAGAGAGCGGCCGAGUCAAACGGAGGUGGUCACGAACUCAUCCUCUUCACAAAAACCAGCACGGAAGGCCAAGAAACGUUAAGCAGGGUUCCUGUUGACAAGAACACCUCUGCUGGUCCUAGCACUUCAUCCUCAUACGACGGCUGUGAAGUAGAUCUGCAUCUUCACCGACGCAGCAGCCCUGGAGGGAAGAUGUUGAGCAAAGGAGCUUCUCCUGCAAAGGUAGCCCCCGCUCCGAUAGAGACCAGCAGCAGAGGAGAUCAUGCCCACAACAAUCAGAAAACAGCAAGCCCGAAUGCUAGUGGUAGUGAUCAAAUGGACAACAUGGAGCGGCGCCCACUUUCGCCGCCUCAGGGGCCCCCUUCACCCCAGCAGCCACGCCUCCUUCAGUUCGGCGCGCCCGCGGGCGUGGCAGCUCCGGGACAUACUAACAACCCCAGUUCCACCGCGUCGUCCGGCACAUCUACCACGAAAGAGCAGAAGCAAAAAAAGACAAAACCGGCCUCGCGCCAGCUGGAUCCACGAGGCACGGUUCAGGUGGCGGGCGGCGCUACGAUUGCGUUUAACCCGCACAUCUCUUUUGACAGUCGAGACUACAUCGAACAGGAGGCGGAAACAAGCAUCAACGCCAUCGAGGAGGGCGGGCCGGAAGAGGAAGAUCAAGAUUUUAACAAGAGCGCAAAUAGUGUUGACUCUCCGACGUUCCGCGAUGAACAACAUGAAUUGCGAGAAGAAAACAGGAGCGUAAAAAGCCACAGCCACAACUCGGCGGGAGGUGGAACUACAGUAGCCGGAGGCCCUCCUCACGAAGGACCUAUGCCAGCGAGCCCGAGCAGUAAGACCUCUGGAGGUGGUGGUCCACCUGUCGCUCAGCACUACAACAACCUCCCUGUCUCUCCUACUUCUUCCAGUUCACACGGAAUAAAUAAGCGACCGACGUUGAUUCCCCGGGGCGCGCAGUCCUUCGGAGGUGGUCCGUCGAAGUCGGGCUCUGGGAACAAUUACGCGCAGCCGGUGAGCAGUCCUAGUGGCGGUAAUGUGAUGCCGCUCCACCAGACUACAGCGACUACAUCUCCCACGGGCGGGGGUGCAGCUGGCGGGACGAGUCCUACUGGGGGUGCCGCGAAUGGAUGGAUGGUGAACAAGAAGAAGUCCUGGCGCGGCGGGGCUAGUGUAGUCUACCCCCCGCAGUGUUUAGUUUCGAGGAAAUCCCUCUGCACCACCGGCACCACGGGGGAUCAAUUUCUAGCCGCCCCGCGGCCGGGACGCAGUUCGCGGGCCUCACUCUCCGGGGAGGUAGGCAAGGAGCUGAGUGCAACAUCUGGCUCAUCUGGGGGCGCGGGGCCGCGGCGAGGCUCCUUUGGAAUGGCGGAUGAGGUAUGAGCUACAAAAAUAUGUUGUAUGCCUUGAGGAUCACGAUCAUCGGAACGUCACGUGCUAUUUUUUGACACGCGGCUCCUCCCUAAUAGGAAGACUUAUGCUAUUCAUCGUCUCUCAUGCAACACUCGCAGCACGACAAAUAAGAAAUGCAAAGAACACGGCAUAAUUCUUCCCGUGCUUGACUCAUGAAAUAGGUCGCGCCGGCUCUGGAUGACAUUGGCGCGCGGGUGCGGGCGACGCUGACACAGGCAGCCGUUCAGGCAGUGAAGUCCGAGGGCUGGAAAAAGGGCAAGAGCAAUCUCACCAUGGCCUUCACACAACAGAGGGCCACGCACCACGGCAUGGAGGUGGCUUCUGGGAGCGGUGGACCGUCUAAUCGUAUCUCUCAAGCUGCUUUUUUUUUUAAGCUUCAGUGCAGCUUUCAUCGUAGAAAUCUAGCAAGCAAGGUAUGGCGAGUUUUCUUCGCAAUAUCAGACAGUCUGCAUUCCUUGCCUGCCGAUCCUUGUUCUGUGUAUGUCCCACUAUUAAUAGCGCAAAAAUAUAAAUAUCUUCACCAGCUGACAUUGGCAAACGAAGUUCCAUCGCCUCUGCCAUCGCUCUGGUGCGCCGACCGUCCACCACACCCGGCCUGCAGCGGAUGGGAAACAGCACGGUGCACUACGCCGCCCCGUUUUCUUCCUUGAGUAAUCUGCAGGGUGAAUCGCGGCAGAUCGCGGACAGCAUCCGGCAGGUGCUGCGCGACGAGCUGUGCAAAUUGGUGGUGGACCAGCGCCAAUGCACCGAGGAGCUGCUGUCCACGUUCUUCGACGAUUUUCUUUUCGAGAUGCGGGACCUGUUUCAAGAGCAUUGUCACGUUACCGAAGAUCUUCAUCCGUCGAAGCAAUUACAGCAACACACGACCACCACAACGAGCACGAUGGAACUGGUUGUUACCCAAUCGUCGCUACCUGGGACGACUACAAAGAUGACCGCGUCGGGCGGUAUGCAGUCAGGAGGGAUAGAAGAGGGCGAUGAGGAAGAGGAGGACGAGGACGAACUCGAGGACGAAAAUUAUGAAAACUCUGGUGCACAACAACCACACAUGCCUGCUGGUUGAGAACAUUUAGGUGGCUCUAAACCAAAUCCUCCGACCAUACCGGCGAGAUCAUCGCUCUGACGAAGCUAAGUACGAUAAUACGCCGGAAAUUUUUAUGUACUUAUUCCCAGCACUGGAAUAAAAUUAGAAUUUUGUGUCGAAAUAGUCAUCACGCAUGUAUGCGUAUACGUUUUUUUUUCAACAUUUAGCAUCGAUGCGAAAGUGCUUCUUCUUUGCAUUUUCGCGGUAACUUUUUUCUAACAUAAACCAGUCGGGGUACAGAAGCAUAAGUCAGCAAAUGACAAUGAAUACAACUUUGAAGCAAAGACAGAGGUCCUUUGAGCAAAUCAAAUAACGCCUUCUCAUGCUAGGCCUAGUACCGUAAUUUUCGCAAGUUGAAGUUAGUUAAAGUGAAAAAUAAAGCAAACUUUUACGUUGUAUGUAUGUAAAAUACAUGCGAGAAGAAGUACCAAGGUGCAUUUUGCGAAUGGAACAACUUUUACGUAUACGUUACACGUAUAUUACUAUCAAACACGCACUAAGGUCCAAAGUCACUAGAGUCGAAAAUACGACGCGAGUGAAAUAGCAGGCGCGGCUUUUUUAACGCACUAUACCAGGCGACAGUUUCGAAUUUCAUAACGUACGAUCUUCGAAGUAUUUGUUUCUUGUCACCGUUCGCGUUCGUAGUUGGAUGGGC